AGCCGUUCUGGCCCAAGCGGCCCUCAGCAGGCCCCGCCGCCGCGCGCCGGCGCCCGGGGGCCAGCGCCUCGCCGCGCGCCUCGCGCGAUCGGACGCGAUGGCGGAGCCCGAGGAGCACCCUGACGGCCCGCCCGAGGACGAAGACGAGGCGCAGCGAGGCGCGCCCGCCGCGCUCCCCCGCAGCGGCUCCUUCGCCGUGGAGGCCCCGGAGAGACUGCCACACCCGGUGGCCCGCGUCUUCUCGACGGCAGUGGACGAGCUCCUCCCCCAGGAGCUCGAGCCUCUGCGCGAGGAGGGCGAGAGGCAAGCGCAAGUGAGCGCGUUGCUGGACGAGGCCAAGACCUGGUCCCAGGCAGCCAUGCCGGCCUCCGCCCGGGUCGGGACAGCUCCGCGGAAGGCGCUGAGGAUGGAGCAGAAGGGCGUCGCCCUGCUCGAGGAGCCAGAGCAGCCAGCGCAGUCUUCUCGCUGGCGUACGGCGGGGCGUGCCAUCGUCAGCGCCACGAGGCUCAGAGCGCUUGCCCAGGCGCAGGAGCUGCCCGAGCCGCCCGACGACGACCACGACCUGGAGGGCACGGACGGUGCGGACUUCCGGCAUCGGCAGGUCAGCGUCGAGACGGCGAACUCGCUGCCGACCUCCCAGGGGUUCCGUGGACUGGGCGUGCUCGUUGCUGCGAGAGCGAGGGCGGCCGGCGAGGGCAGCACCUCGCCGCCCUUGGCGUCGGUGGCCGAAGACGAGGGAGGCGAGAGGCCGCUGCACGUCCCCCCGCCGGCGCCCUGGGAGCGCCAGCAGCAGGCCUCCGCCGCGCCCAGCGCCAGCGAGGACGACGACGCCCCGCCGCCGUGGGCCGUGGCGGCCGGUCGGGCGCAGGCCCGCGGCGGUGGCGACGCGCGGGUGCAGAGGGCGGCGGUGGCCGCAGGCCGAGCGCAGCAGCGCGCCGUGAACUUCAGGGAAGACUUCGGGGAUGACGACGCCGAGGAUCUGUUUGCGCUGCCGACAGUGCCGACGCUGAGCAAGGCGUCGCAGCUGUCGGAGAUGUCCACGACAUCGGAGGCCUGGGAUCCCCGGCGUCAGACCUCGGCGAUCGUCCGCAAGAGGGGCAUCAGCGUCGCGAGCAGCCUCAGCGAUGAUCCACAGUCGUUCAAGAGCGGCCAUGUCGACGACGAUGAGCUUGAAGUUGAUGAUCUCGCGGACGCCCAACCUGGCUCCUCCACCUUUCUUCACGGCGACGGAGCAUAUUCACAGAGGGUCAUGGGGUCGAUCAUGUCCAGAACCAUUCGGCGCGCGAGCACCAGCAGCUCGGAUUCCCGCAGCUCGGACCAGAUGAAGCAUCAGGAGGAGUCGAGUUCGUCGGACGACGAGGAUGCGGGCCAGCAGAACGCACCCAACGCUCGCGAACAUGCGCUUCAGAGGUUGACGCCCAUGCAGCGCGCACUGAUCCAGAGGCGGGUGAACGACCAGCUCGGCAUCUGCGAGGACCCGGCCGAGGAGUCGCAGGGGGUCCGCGUGCAGCGCGCCCUCGGCAUCCUCCAGCUGCGCUCCUUCAUCAUGGUCACCAAGCAGGUGGUCGACGAGGAGCCGCCGAGGUGGCCCGCAGUCAGAGAUCUGGUCCGCUCUAUACGCUUCGAGAUGCUCAUCGGCGUGCUCAUCAUCAGCAACGGGGUUCUGAUUGGUGCGGACACCAUGUACGGGAAGUGGGAGGAGAGGCCGGCCAUCCUCGGAGUGAUGGAGCACGUGUUCACGGUGAUAUUUUUGGUCGAGUUCAUUCUCCGCCUCCUGGCCUUCUCCUGGGUCUGGGUCUUCCAGCCGAUGAACGCGUUCGACACCUUCCUCAUUCUCGUGACAGGUGUGCUGGUGAACUGGGUGCUGGGACCCGUUGGCGUCGAUGCGGGGAUGCUGCAGCGCUUGUCGGCCUUCCGUGUCUUGAGGCUCGGGCGAUUGUGCAGGGCAGUGAGGAUGAUGCCAAUGUUCCACGAGCUCUGGAUGCUGGUUCAGGGCGUCAUGGAGUGCAUGUCCCUCCUCUUCUGGGCCGCGAUCAUCAUCUCCGUCAUACACUACAUGUUCGGCGUGGCGGUGGUCGAGAUCGUGGCGAAGUCCGAGACCUUUCAAGACGACGAGACGACGCAAGAGAUGUUCGGCGACCUGCAGAAGGCUAUGUACACCCUCUUCCAAAUCAUGACCUUUGAUAGCUGGGCAAGCAUCGUGCGCCCGAUCAUUUUCAAGAUGCCAGAAACCAUUCCAGUAUUCUUGCUUUUCGUGGGUAUCGCUGGUUUUGUCCUGUUCAACCUCAUGACCGCAAUUGUCGUGAAGAAUGCCUUCGACGCCGCAUCUGAGGACGAAGAGGCGGUCGCGCAGAUGAAGGAGAACGACCGCAAGCGCCAGGAACAGGCUUUGCUCGAGAUGUUUGACGAGCUGGAUACGGAUGACAGCGGCAUGCUGAGCAAGCAGGAGUUCGCGGAAAACGUCCUGGACGAUAUGGUGUUCAUCCACCAGCUUAAAACGUUGGACAUCGAGUUGGAAGAGUUGCCAGAUGUCUUCGAUAUCCUCGACGACGGUGAUGGCCAGGUGUCCACCGAGGAAUUCUGCACCGGGUUGAUGCGAAUGCAGGGUAACGCUAUGAGCAGAGACAUGUUGAAGGCUACUAAGCGUGCCAAGACCGUGAACAGCAAUUUCGAGGCCGUCAACAACGAGGUUGAGGGGAUCGCCCACGACGUCCUGGGGCGCAUCGAGGAGUCUCUGGACGACUCCCACAACAACUUCGUGGAGAUGCAGGCGAUGUGCGCGGAGGUGCUCAAGAGCCUGAACCUCAUCGGCCUCCGGCGCGCCAUCAAGGCGGUGUCCAACGUGCUCCCCACCAUGGAGGAGCCGGACGACGGCGCGGAGGAGUCCCUGGUCGAGCAGAGGGCGAAGGACGAGAUUGUUGCUCAGCGGGCUGUCCUCGCGAAAAGUUGCCCUGGCUCCUACAUGAAGCCGUUGCCUGCUGCGUGGAUCCAGAGGCGAAAGGCGAAGCAGGAGAGCAGGGCGAAAACCAUGGCGAGAAAGACCCUCACCGCAGGCGAGGACAGGGACAAGGUGCACGGGACGCCGUGCGUUGCGCAGGAGUUCCAGAAGCAGUGGGAGGACAUGCAGGUGUGGAGGCCGGAGAUGACCUUCUCGGAAUCACUCCGCGAGGAGGCCAGCAGGAUGUGCACGCCCCCGUCCCUGGAGGGAAACGCUUCCGCGGGGGGCGUGCGCGGCCUGCCCGCCCACCUCGUGGACAAGCGGGCGCCGCCCGCGCAGGAGGCGCCGCCCCCGCCGCCGCCGCCGGAGGCUUCCGAGAAGCCGGCGGCCGCCCUCUGGCGCCGGGAGCGGCCCGCGGGGGGCGCGGUGCCUCUGCCAUCGCACCCGCACGCGGUGCCGCAGUGCCCGUUCGGGGUCUUCUAGCCCGGGGCGACGGCGUGGGCCACGGCGGCACGGCCUGCGAGGGCAUCUGGACUGUGGACUGUAGGCUGAACUUGCGCAGGCUCCGCACGACAUACGUCGUCGCUGCGGCCCAGGGGCGCUCGCCGCGCAGCGAGCAGGAGCAAAAACAAGGAAAACAUGAGCAUGGAGCAUGGCGAAGAACCCAC